CCGGUAAGAAGGACGCGUCAGGAAGAUGAAAUGGUGGAGACUGACGAUGGUGCGAGUAAUAGUAAUAAUGGCCAUGGUGAACCUCCUGGUGGCUAACGAUAAGGACAACCACCUCCUACAUUACAGUUGGCAACAAAACGCCGGUGGUGGUGUGGGCGCCGUGCUGGAGGCGGUGUCUCAGCCCACCUGCUCCCUCAUCAUUACAGACGGCACCACCUCAACCUCCACCAUCCUCAAGGAGGAGAGUGUCGUGCGAGGGACCCCUUUGGGUGUGGCGGUGUUCGAGGUGGCGGUGGACGACCAGGAUUCCAAUGUAACACUGACGCUCCUACCCUACCUGCUCCACCAGGCUCGACAGAUGAGGAUGAGGUCUUGGUGCAAGCAAGUGGUGGUGGUGAGUCACGACCCGGUCUUCCUCGCCAACUUUGCCGAGUGGUCCCUCAAGGGCCGCCUCCUGGUGUGGGCCACCAAGCUGCUGGUGGUCACCAGCCUCCCACUCCCGCAGCUCCACGCCCUCCUGUCCUCCCACUGGACCUUCUCCAUGAUGAACACCAUUUUGCUCAACCUGGAGGACACACCACCCAACCUCAGGGCCAGUGUGUAUACCUACCUGCCGUACAGCCCCGAGGGAAAUCAGGCAGUGAAAGUUGCUGCCUGGAAACCGGGAAGUGGCCUCGUUCUCCUCAAGGGUCGCUCUCUUUACUCUCCCAAGUACUCCAACUUCUACGGUGCCAAGGUGAACGUGACCGGCCUGCCGUUCCCGCCGUACUGGGACGCCGUGAAGGGACCUGAUAACACAACACAGUACUCGGGCACUGACUACAUGACCCUGGUGACUGUUGCUGACGCUCUCAACUUCACCGUAUACAUAAUGCCCACCACUUCCUGGGCAGAGGUUACGGGGCUUGUAGAGCAGCGACUGUCCUUCAUGGCCGCGGUGCAUCACACUGUGUUGCUGGCUCGCAUGGAGCGCUUCGACUAUGCUUGGGUACACUUGCAAGGUAGAGCAGAUUUCAGUAUGGCAGACCCAGGCCUCAAACCUCAGUGGCAGUCACUCUACUACCCGCUCUUGGCAGUUGUGUGGGCAGCCAUAGUGCUGACGAUGCUCCUCGCCCCUCUAGCGCUGCUACUGAUUAUUCGUGUGAGCGAGUCGAGGAUGGGUGGAGAAGAGAUCAGUGCACUUGUAGUGGCACUGGACUUAGGAGGAAUUCUUUUAGGUCAGAGUCUUCCACAGCGACUGUGUAAGACCAAUCCCAGUCGUGUGAUGGUGGCGGCAUGGCUGGUGUUCGCCUUUAUCAUCGGGACUGCCUACCGUGGCAACCUCACCGCCUUCCUCAUGCUACCUGAAUUAGCGCCCCGCCCAGAGACAAUUGAAGAGCUCGUCGCUGCUGUAGACAGGAUAACGAUGCCAUCAUAUGGAAAAGACUUCAAGAAGACAUUCAUGCAAUCAGAUUCUCCGGCGUUAAAGAGAAUGGGCCAGCUGAUGCAUAUCGUUAAGUCAACAGAAGUUGGACUACAACAAGCAGUUCAGAGAAAACAAGCGCAUGUGGAUAAUCGACGCUACCAGCAGCUACUGAUAGCCAAGUAUUUCAUCAGAGCGGACGGGACCCAUAAGUUAUACAUUGGCCGGGACGGUCUUUUUCCUACUCAGUCUGCGUUUCCCAUCCCCCACGACGCUCCCUACAAGCCUGCCAUAGACCGCUGCCUCAUGGCCGUCAAAGAGGCCGGACUGUAUGAAAAGUGGGCUGAGGACCUGUUGUUCCAAACCCAAAUGAAGGCCCAAAAGAAGCAGAAGCAGGAAGCCGAGAAAGAAACAGAAUCAGACAACAACAACAGGUCCCUCACCUUCACACACCUCCAGGGAGCCUUCUUGCUCCUCCUUCUUGGCCUCAGUCUCGCUGGACUCACCUUCGUCGUGGAGCCUCUCACGGUGUGGCAUCAACAGCACCAUGGAGGAAAAUCGGAAUAACCAUCAUUCUAGGAGGUACCCUGGAAGGUCAUCCCUCUCCCAAGGGAACCUACGUGUUGAAGGAGCAUCACAGCCAACAGUACGUCCUUUAGUCACCAUAAAUUUACCUUCCUCUGAUUGGGUGGCUCGUAAGUCCACUUCCACACCCAUAGUGCCUCCGCCAACAGAGAAAAAUCCGUCGAUGGCCCCUACAUUGCUUACAACAGGCUUACGUUCCAGGAUGCCCUGGCCAAUUUCACACUUGCGCCCAAGACGUUGGCCAAAGCAGUACUGCUACUGAUAUAAUCCACCUGGGUACCUCCAAGCACCCAGUCUUUGCAAGGGCGACAAUUUUUUGUGUGCCAUGUUAUUAUAUAAAAGACGAAGUUUGUUAGUUCAUGCUUUAUUUUAUCACGAGAUCACACACUGACGGAAGACCAUUCUAAGGUGGUAACUUCUGUAUAUUGUGUAUUUUAGGAUUUUAACCGUAAAGAAAGACAAAAAAAUAGACAUAAUAAUGGCACAAAUAGCGUUGGCACUUGUAAUUAAAUAAUCAAAACCUU